UGGCCGCAGACAGCGCGACUUUUAAACGUUUUAAAAGUGUGAAGACUGCAAGUUGGCUCAUGUGGAUUUCUAGAGGGAUCCACGAGUUGGUGGCCUCACUCUUAUCUGAGCCCCCAGUCCCACCCCUGCCCUCGGCUUCCCUCCGGUCUUCCUGCUGAUUCACUCCCCUCUGACGGCCACAUUCCAGCCAUGGCCCUGCUCCUGCUGCUGCCUCUGGUGCUCUCAGGGGUGCAGGGGAGUCCCGAGGUUUCCCUGAAGGGCAGCCCUGGGGACCGGGUGAAUCUCUCCUGCAUAGGGGUUUCAGACCCCACCCGCUGGGCUUGGGCGCCCAGCUUCCCGGCAUGCAAGGGCCUGCCCAAAGGGCGCCGCCCAAUACUGUCGGCCUCGCCGAGCGGCCCUCGAAGCAUGUUCCCCCGCUUCUCCGGCCGCCUGCGCCCCCUGGACACUGGCAUCGGGCGGCUAGAGCUGCUGCUGAGCGCCGGCGAUUCCGGCUCCUUUUUCUGCAAGGGACGCCAAGAGAGUGAGAGCCGCACCCUGCUCCAGGUGUUGGGGGACAAGGCAGACUGCAGUGCUCCGGGAGCUGCCCACGGGUCCGGGCAUGCCAAGGUCCUCAUUCCGCUGCUGGGAGUUGGACUGGUGCUGGGUCUGGGCGCCUCGGGCUGGAUCUGCUGGCGGCGCAGCCGGGGAACCAGUAGGACGGGACUGAUGACGCUCCGAGGACUUCCCUACAGGCGCUCGCCCCCGCCCCCGCCCCCGCCCCCGCCUCGACCACUCCCCACCUCUGCUCUGUCCCUCCCUCGCACAGCUCCGGUCGUAAACGCUGACCCGCAGAGGCCUUUAGACCAGGAGGGCAAGAUGUCCGGCCACCCGGACCAGGAGCCGGCUGCCCGCAAGCUAAGGGGUCAGAUCGCGGAGACCGCACCGCCCGCCCCUCUACCUCCUCCAGAGCCUGCACUACGCUGACCUGGACCGCUCUGUCCUCGGGAGGCCCCGGCGGAUGUCCGCAGCCCUUCCUGGUGACGCCCGCACGGUCUACGCGGUGGUAGUGUAAGGGGAAGCCGGCGGUCUUCCAAGCCUUCCACCCCGGCUUCCCUCGUCUGUGUAAGCUCAGCUAGCAGGGGCGGGCACCAUGGACAGAGGCCGGUGCGGGAGCCGGGGCACCAGGGUCGGCCUGUAACUGAUCAGCUUUCCAGCCACUCCCAUCUCUCCCGUCUUUCCUUCACCACUGAUGGCCUCUCUAAGGAUGCUCAAGCUAUCUGUCGCAAAUAGGUAUUCUGUCUGUUCCCCUCCCUUUCCAAUCAAAUUUUUUUUUGGGGGGAGGGUCUGUGUCUUGUUUUUUGAGACAGGGUUUCUCUGUGCAGCCUUGGCUGUCCUGUAGCCCUGGUCACUCUGUAGACCAGGCUGGCCUCGAACUCGGAGAUCCACCUGCCUGUGCCUCCCGGGUGCUGAGAUGAAAGGCGCCGCCCAGCCCAGUCAAGCGUGCUGAACUUUACACCUGCCUCUUUCCUUCCCCACUCCCCCGGCUCCUUGGCUGCAGCUGCUCAUCUUCUGUUGCCAAACGGUGUCCUGCCACCAGGCCCAGUUCGCAGGCUUGGCCUUAGAUGACCCCUCUUUAGACUCUGGUUUGUUUUGUUGCUAUCUUCCUUCUAGACACCCUGCCAUUGUUCAGCGCUUCCUCACUCCUCUUCUAGAAAGCAAGCCAAUUCUCAGCCCCCAAAGACACCCAGUAUCCCCUUCCACCCAGACCGCACACCUAGUACACGCUGUGCCGCUGGCCUCAGGCGCUCUGCACAAGGCAUGUGAAAUCUGACUCAGUCCUUUGCCCUUCCCUGGCCCUCCUCUGCAUUCUCUCAACAAAGCCAAGUUGCCCAAGCCAGAAACUGGGAGUCAGAGGACACCACCCCCUCCUCUCCCACACAGGGGCUUAUCAAGCACGCGUGCACACACACACACACACACACACACACACACACUCCUUUUAAAGACAGGCUCUCGAGAUUCCGAGGCUGGCUUUGAGAUCCUGACCUCUGUGCGGCCAUCUUCAGUGCUGGAUGCCCUGCCGUGCGAGGCCUGGUCUGUCUUAGUGUCACUGUCAAGUCUGUCCCUGACUAGCUUGCCGCCAGGGUGUACUUUUAUCUUCUGCUGCACGGGUGACCCACAGAACCUUCUGAUCCUACUGUCCUGGCCUUUGUCUUUGAAGCCAGAGCUUCUCCCCUUAUCAACCCCCAGUUCUCUCCCGGGGCUUCAGCUUUGGGGCCAUGGGUGCCAGCUUUGGGUACAGGUGCUGCGAGCACCUGGGUGCCUAGUCCUAGGCCUGUCCGUCAUUUUCUGGGUACACACGCCCACCUUAGAGAGAGUCUAAGGAUUUGUUGGCUUGUUGAAGUAAAUCCCAUCUUCUGAUUCCUUCUUCCUGUUCCUCAUCUCCGGCCUGGAUAAUUACUUAUCCUCAGGAUGUCAUCCAAAUGUAGCCUUUUCUGGAAUCCCCUCACCCGAAACACCCCAGUCCCCCACAAAAUCUGAUGCUCUAGAAACCCCCUGGCUUUUCUCAUGGAAACAAUCCCAUCACAGCUUGUCAGAAACUGAGUUUCCUGGCAUGAGGAAACUCCCCUUUUUAAUGCCACUGUUAGCCUCAGUACCGGAAUAAAUGAGCAUCCCAGAAAA